CGUCUUCGGUACCCCAGCUCAGUCGCUCCAGAUCUCCUCCUCCCAUCCCAGAUCUCAACAACCCCACGCCCCCGCCGAAACCCUACCUCGCGCCGCUCUGCCGCGCAGGCCGGGCUGCGCCGCCAUGGGCAUCGUGUUCACGCGGCUCUUCUCGUCGGUGUUCGGGAACCGCGAAGCCCGCAUCCUCGUCCUCGGCCUGGACAAUGCCGGAAAGACGACCAUUCUCUAUCGGCUGCAGAUGGGGGAGGUCGUCUCCACCAUCCCAACGAUCGGGUUCAACGUGGAGACGGUCCAGUACAACAACAUCAAAUUCCAAGUUUGGGAUCUCGGUGGCCAAACAAGCAUCAGGCCAUACUGGAGAUGCUACUUUCCAAACACUCAAGCUAUCAUAUAUGUUGUCGAUUCAAGUGAUACUGAUAGGCUGGUAACUGCAAAAGAAGAAUUUCAUUCCAUCCUUGAGGAGGAUGAGCUGAAAGGUGCGGUCGUCCUUGUGUACGCAAAUAAACAGGACCUGCCAGGUGCACUUGAUGAUGCUGCCAUAACGGAGUCAUUAGAACUUCACAAGAUUAAGAGCCGCCAAUGGUCAAUUUUCAAAACCUCUGCCAUAAAAGGGGAGGGCCUUUUUGAAGGCUUGGACUGGCUCAGUAAUACGCUCAAAUCUGGAAGCAGCUAAUGUACGUGCCUCAGCCUCCAUUGAGUGAAUUAUUGCGUGAUGGUAAACAACACAAGACGGUGACACCCUUCACCUCACUAGUUUGCGUGGAAAUCACAUUCUCUUCAUUUUUAACUCCGGAAGUUCUACACCAUCAGUUAUCUGUAAAGUGCUUGUUGAAGUUUCCGGAUACAACUCUAGAUGUACCUUCAUAUUGAGAGCAAGAAUAGGUUUGUAGAAAAUACUGAGCAAACUGUUACGACUCGAAAGCUGUGUCUUUACCCGUAUAUCUUGUCUGAUGCCAUUUUCUUAUCCA